GGUGCGAAUGGUCGUCUCCUCCCCUUUGUCUUGGCCUUAUAUAUGACCAUUGAUUGAGCUAAGUGACCCCCCUGUCCACUCUAAUUCCGCCCUCCGUACCUAUUGCAUGCAUUUCGUACGCUGGGGAAAUUGGUUCAGUACGGGGUACCUACACUACCUACACAAGAAAAAUAAACUCCCUCCCCCUCCGACGACCGCCUCUUUUCAGACUAUUUCCUCCUGAACCCCCAUCGAUUUUUCUUUUCUUCUUUUCCUUUUCCCUCCUUUCCUUCCCAUGCUCGACAGGUCUUAACCGACUCUUGUCCGUGUCUAUUCUUCCAUCUCAGUCCCAUCGCGAGAGACGCAUGUCACGCGACCGUUGUCGUCUUUCCACCUCCUCACCCAAAACAAAACAUCAACAAUCAUCCCCCCCUUUGUUCCUCCUUUCCGGCAUCACCAACGGAGGCAUAUUCUGCAUAUCCAACCCGCAUCUGCCGCAAUCAUGACCGCCCCCGAGGCCCCCAUGGCUCAGUCCUCUGCUGUUCCGGCCUCGGCCGCCAAGGACCAGAUCGCGACUCGUCGCCGCAGAAAGUCGAGCGUGCGCGGUCAUGGCUACGUCCACGAUGCCUCCUCGCGCCACUCCUCCAAACAGGACCAGCUCGAUAGGCUCUCCAAGCGCAGCCGCGCCCGCGCCAUCCUCCGCCGCUGCAAGCACAUUGCCGUCAAACACACCUGGACCACCCCGCUCGUCCUCACCCUCGCCUUCCUCUCCCUCUACGCCAUCAACCCGACCGAGUCCAAUGUCAUUCACCACUUCAUCUUCCUUUCCUACAAGAUCCCCGCCGCCGUCGGAGCUGCCCCUGAUGCCGACGCGCCCCCGCAGUACGGCAAGGGUCUCUGGGACAUCGCCUUCGUCAGCUUCUACGCCAUCGUGCUAUCCUUCACCCGCGAGUUCAUCAUGCAGGAGCUCCUCCGUCCCCUGGCCAAGUUCUACGGCAUCCGGUCCCGCGGCAAGCAGCUUCGCUUUAUGGAGCAGGCCUACACUGCCAUCUACUUUGGCAUCCUCGGCCCCCUUGGCGUGUACGUCAUGAGCCGCACCCCCGUCUGGUACUUCAACACCACCGGCAUGUAUGAGGCCUUCCCCCACAAGACCCACGAGGCCAUCGUCAAGUUCUACUACCUCUUCGAGGCCGCCUACUGGGCCCAGCAGGCCCUGGUCAUGCUUCUUGGCCUCGAGAAGCCGCGCAAGGACUACUACGAGCUCGUCGCGCAUCACAUUGUCACUCUGGCCCUCAUCGCUCUGAGCUACCGCUUCCACUUCACCUACAUGGGCAUUGCCGUCUACCUGACCCACGACAUCAGCGACUUUUUCAUGGCCAUGUCCAAAACUCUCAAUUACAUCGACAGCCCCAUCACCGGGCCGUGGUACUGCCUUUCCCUGGCGUCAUGGAUCUACCUCCGUCACGUCAUCAACCUGAAGAUCCUCUGGUCCAUCCUCACCGAGUUUUCCACCGUCGGCCCUUACGAGCUCAACUGGGAGACGCAGCAGUACAAGUGCCGGCUCGCCAAGGUCAUCACUUUCACCCUGCUCGGCUCCCUGCAAUCCCUCAACCUUUUCUGGCUCUUCUUUCUCCUCCGCAUCGGGUACCGCUUCAUCCUGCACGACGUUAAGCAGGACGACCGCUCCGAGGCCGAGGACUCCGAGGCCGAGCCCAUGGACACCAUGGACGAGGUUUCCAAGGUGGACGCGGCUCCCAUUGUGAGCGGCGAGGCUGCCAAGGCCGCGCAGACAGUUGCCAACGACAUCAGCAAGGCGGCGGGUGGCAGCAAUGCAUCACGGACCCGCAGCCGACGCGCCGCAUAAAAAGGAAGCUACCAGAUUGUCGGUCGCCCCAUCAAUAUUUCUUUCUACUAGCUCUGGCCUCAUAUUCGAACUCGUUGGUCCGGAACCAUUGUAUAUGUAGUAUAUUUCAUAAUGCCUAAUGUGUAAUGACCAUG